GCUGCCGGCCCGCAUUCGUGAGCAACAAUUCGUGCGAGUCGGACGGAGUCGGUUGGCUAUUUUGGUCACUCCCGAUUAGAGCCUGUGUGCCUUUUGCCUUUGUCUUUGUUUUCGUUAUUAAUGUAAUACAUACAUACAUACAUACAUACAUAUAUGUAUACAUUUAUAUAGAUUUUUUUUUAUAUUAAUUUUGUUGUUGUUUAUCGUGACACUUGUCGUUAAGCGUUUGCGUGUUGUGUUCACAAAAUUUGCACCAAGCACCCAAGCCGGUAAAAAAUUCCCUGAACUGUCACUCGAGAGUUGCAGCAACAGCCGCAGCACCAAAGCCGAGCAGAACCGAAGAACUAGAAGAAGAAGAAGCAGCAGAAGCAGCAGAAGCAGAAGCAACCCAACAGUAGCCGCAGCAUCCCAUUCAGCCAGCCAGCAACAUGUCAGACGGCAUUGAAGUUGAACAAAUUGUGGAGAGCAAGCCGAAAAGGAUGCCGGUGGCCACGUCACUGGACAAGGACGCCAUCCGCGAGGCGUACGAGGACGUGCGCUCGGAUCUGACGGACACGGAGUGGGCGGUGUUCAAGUUCGAUGGGGCGCAGAUAAUCGUGCAUGGGCGUGGCCAGUGCUUCGAGCAGUUCCGCGAGCAGUUCGGCGACUCGGAGCGCGCCUUUGGCUACAUCCGCAUACAGAUGGGCGACGAGAUGUCCAAGCGCAAGAAGUUCAUCUUUCUGACAUGGAUCGGCCAGGAGGUGGGCGUCAUCCAGCGUGCCAAAAUGUCCACGGACAAGGCGCUCAUCAAGGACGUGCUGAACAACUUUGCCGUGGAGCUGCAGGCGGGCGUCCAGGCGGAGCUGGACAUCGAGCUGUUCCGCGAGGCACUGAAUCGCGCCGGCGGCGCCAACUACGGCACCGGCGUCCGGGACAACUGAGCUGGGCAACAGACGGACGGAGCACCCACGUCGUCCUAUCCACCAAUCGAUUUCAAGCACUUCCUCCUCCCGCCCCACCCGGUCUCUACCCUUUUUUUUUUUGUGCACCUCUUCAAUUGCUGACUUAAUCCUGCUUUUUUACUUAAUUAUUAUGAAUUAAUUUUAUACGAUCUUAAAAUAUUUACUGUACAUUUGUAUGUAAUAUGUAAUAAAUAUUAAAACAAGAAACAAAGAGAUAAAAUGGAAUUGAAUUAACGUGAAACUACAGCGAACGCCAAUUGGAAAGUCGUGCUAAUUGGAAUUUCGUUGAACUAAUCAGAACGUGUUUUGUGAAUCACAAUUCACAUGAACUGAUUCACAAAAAGUACAAAAUUUUACUCUCAAUAAAUGUGGAACAAAAUAAAAUGUAAAAUUACCUGGAAAUCCAGUUGGGAUUGCUGGUGGCCUCAAUUCUAAUUGGCAUUUUGUUGAACCAGUCAGAAUGUGGCUGAAUGGAACUGAUUGCAUGUCAGUAUUACGCUGGGAAAAAUGUAAAUUACAAAAAAAAACAAAUUUAUAUUCUGAUGUAACAGGAAAUUUAAUCAAAGUCCAAUUGGAAUCGGCCAAUCCGCUGAAGCUAUAAAUUACACCGAUAUCCAAUUGGUAUAUACAAUUGCCAACCAGAAUCCAACCAGAUGAACUUGCAAUAUUAAAUAUCAAACCCCACCAAAACGUAGAAACCAUAUUUAAGGUAAAAAUUCCAAUUCCGUAUUAAAAUCCAAUUGGCAUGGGGCAUUCAAGCGGAAUGAUAGCGGAUUAAACGUAUAUUCCGAUUGGUAUUCCAAUUAACCAACCUGUUAAACAACUACGAGCCAGUUUUGAUAUAAAAACUACAAAAUUCUUGUGAUUUUGCAUGAGUCGAUGCAUGAAUCCAAUUGGAAUGGGUAAAUCAAUCGCAGCUCGGAAACGUAAUCCAAGCAGAAUAAGGGCUGCUGGAAUUUCUGUAAACAAAUAUUAAGCAACAACCAAACUGAAUGCGUUGGAGUUCGAAAUGUAGAAACAUACAAAUCCGAUUCAAAAUAUAUGCAACUGUAGUCCAAUUGGGAUUUACAAUGAGAUUGAAAGAGGUUUCCUCCAUCAGCGCCCGAUUACCAGGGGAGAUCAACAAAUACAACAAUAUAUAUUUCGCGGAACAAUACAAGUUUAUUUCUCAUUUCCAGACUAAAGUGUAUGUGUGUGUACAUGUAUAUGUGGUAUCUAAUCUAAUCAGAGUUGAACAGCAGCUGCAAGCCUAGACUAAAACAUAUUUUAGCUGUAGUACAAUAUACUGAUUGGUGUAUAAAUUAGCUGUAGUAGCCGCAGUUUAUGCAAGUAUAUAUUUGAUUAAUUCCUAGAUGCUCUUGAGUAUACACAGAAUAAUGAAUGGAUAGAGGGAGAAGGGAGUACACAGGGUCCAAUAGGUGUACCAUAGAGGAGCUACAGACGGUGUCUAGUCGUCUAAUUGAAAAACCGAGUAAUUCGAUUAUGAGUGUAUAAAAAAUAAA